GCGUGGCCUCGGUUGUUGUCGAGCGGCGGGCGGUGCGCGGGGCGCGCGCCGCUACCGUUACCGGCUGAGGCGGCGACCGCCGUCGGGAGCGUUGGGUUGAGGUAAAUAGCGGCCGCCUCCGGGAGCCCCCGGCUCUUCCCGUUUUCCCCGCGUACCGGGGCUCCGGCACCGCCUCCCUCCGUUCUUCCCCUCCCUCAAGCGAUGCGCGGUGCCGCGGCGGAGUGAAGAAGCGAAGCAGCGAAGCCUCCGUCGUCCCCUCAUCAUCCACUCCCCGCAGACAUGGGCGAGUGUGGAGCCCCCGGGGACGUCAACUCCAACGUGCUGAUCUCCUGCAGCACCGGCGAUGCGCAGCUGGAUAAGGCGGUGUGGCAGUGGCUGAGCUGGGACAAGAACCAGAAAACGAAAGAACAGAUUGAAAACUUGUUGCAGAAUGGAAAGCAUAAGGAGUUACGGGAUCGGCUCUGCUGCAGGCUGACCUUUGGGACCGCCGGGCUUCGCUCUGCUAUGGGAGCGGGUUUUUGCUACAUUAACGAUCUCACGGUGAUCCAAUCAACGCAGGGGAUCUACAAGUAUCUGGAGAGGUGUUUUUCAGACUUUAAGCAAAGAGGCUUUGUUGUUGGAUAUGACACACGAGGUCAGGUCACCAGCAACUGCAGCAGUAAGAAACUUGCAAAGCUCACUGCCGCCGUCCUGCUGGCUAAAGAUGUACCUGUCUACUUCUUUUCCACCUAUGUCCCGACACCGUUUGUGCCCUACGCUGUUCAGCAGCUCAAAGCUGUGGCUGGUGUGAUGAUCACCGCGUCCCACAACCGCAAGGAGGACAACGGGUACAAGGUUUACUGGGAAAAUGGAGCCCAGAUCACCGCUCCUCACGAUAAGGAAAUCAUCAAAUGUAUAGAAGAGUGCGUUGAACCGUGGAACGGCUCUUGGAAUGAGAAUCUAGUAGACACCAGUCCCCUCAGACAGGAUCCUCUGAAGAAAAUCUGUGACUGCUACAUGGAGGAUCUGAAAAAGAUCUGCUAUCAUAGGGAGCUAAACGAGCAAACCAAUUUGAAGUUUGUUCAUACCUCUUUUCAUGGAGUCGGACACGACUACGUGCAGGCGGCUUUCAAAGCGUUUGGCUUUCAACCCCCCAUUCCAGUACCUGAACAAAAAGAUCCAGAUCCAGAUUUCUCGACUGUCAAAUGCCCAAAUCCUGAAGAAGGAGAAUCUGUGCUGGAGUUGUCACUGAGGCUCGCAGAGAAAGAAAGCGCUAAAGUAGUGGUGGCCACUGACCCAGACGCAGACAGACUCGCGGUGGCAGAACAGCAGGAGAACGGGCGCUGGAAGGUGUUCACCGGCAACGAACUGGCGGCUUUGUUUGGCUGGUGGAUGUUUUCUUGCUGGAAGGAAAACCGCUCCGAAGACGCGGAUGUGAAGAACGUUUACAUGUUGGCGACCACGGUCUCCUCGAAAAUUUUGCGGGCGAUUGCUCUUAAGGAGGGAUUUCACUUUGAAGAAACGCUCCCUGGUUUUAAAUGGAUUGGAAGCAGAGUGAAAGAUCUCCUGGAUAAUGGAAAAGAAGUUCUCUUUGCAUUUGAAGAGUCUAUUGGUUUCAUGUGUGGCACAUCAGUGUUGGAUAAAGACGGUGUGAGCGCAGCUGUGGUCAUAGCGGAAAUGGCAGCGUACCUGGAGCACAAGAACCUUACACUAGCGCAGAAACUCAUUGAGAUCUACGAAACGUACGGAUAUCACAUAUCCAAGACUUCCUAUUUCUUGUGCUACGAUCCUCCUACGAUCAAAAGGAUAUUUGAGAAACUUCGGAACUUCGAUACCCCUCAGUGUUAUCCAAGCUUUUGUGGGAUAUACAAUAUUUUACAUGUACGAGAUGUUACCACCGGCUACGACAGCAGCCAGCCGAAUAAAAAAUCAGUGCUGCCGGUGAGUAAAAGCAGCCAGAUGAUCACUUUUACGUUUCAAAACGGUUGCGUCGCCACCCUUCGGACCAGCGGGACAGAACCAAAGAUCAAGUACUACGCGGAGAUGUGCGCGCUGCCCGAACAGAGUGACAGAACCGUGCUGGAAGAAGAACUUCAGCAGCUUAUUGAAGCUUUGAUUGCGAAUUUUCUGGAGCCGGAUAAGAACGGACUGAUCUGGCGCUCUGCUUAGGUCUCCCAUCACUUCUGUUCGAAGGAGCGACCGCCGGCCCCGCGGUGUGAAACCGAGGAACCAAGAACAGAAUUCAGUUUAAUACGUGUGUGUAUGUGUGUUAAACAAACAGCUCCAGUUGUAUUCUCUAAAGAAGAAGCAUUCUUUUGUCAGGCUUUUCACCAAAGUCUGGGCUAGAAAAUUGGGGUAAGGAGAGGACAUGAGAGAAAAGAACAGGAUUUAUUAUUAUAUUAAUAUUAAAUUCUAUUUAUUGUUACAAUUUCCUGUCCUUUUGACCAAAUUAACCCGCACCAAUGCUAACGAACUGCCGUUAAGACAGGUGAUCUUAGCCAGGAGAUCUUGUCUUAAGCUCAUUUCAGGUAUCAAUACCUUUUGUGUGAUAAAGUUGGAAAUUUGGGCAGCGUUUGAAGGAAACAAUCGCUCCAAACUGACAAAAAAAAAGCCUGCUUCUUCCUAGCUGUGUGUGUGAGUGCUGGUAUCAUCGUUACAGGUCUUAAUUUCCAAAGUAAUGCUGAAGUGGAGCUCAGCGCUUGGUAUUUCUCAUUUAGGCGACUUGUUCGAUAUGACACUUUCCAGCUAUUUAAGUAUCUUCUGUUGGUCAAGGUGCUCUUGGUGCAGUGUGUCUUUCCAGUGCGUAUCUUCAAAUAUCGAUGGCGAAACAAUAGUGGCAACACACGCAGGUCCGUGUUUUGAAUUACAUUGUGCGUUUCCGAGGCUUCCAAAGGAGGAAGAACAUACUUAUUCCUCAGUUAAACAGCCUGUUUUAACUCCUGUAGGCCUUGUAACCAUUUUUUGUCCCGCUGUCCCCCAUCUUUAAAGGGACUAUUUUGGUUUUGUUGGCUUGAAUUCAUGCUGUAUAUUAAAAAAAGGAAGAAAGUGGAGGUGAGACACUGACAUCCUUGAUUUGAUUUUUCUUGUCGCUAAAUCAUUAUUAAUUUUUUUGUCACAUCUUACAAACUAAUUUGUUAGAACAGCAGUUUGCAGACGCUGUUAUUCAUCAUCUUUUAGGGCAAAUUAUUAACAAUUUCCCGUGUUUCCUACCUUUGCUUGAGCAGAAAGUGAUAAACUGAGAGUAAUAGUCGCUACUAAAUUUCUAAUACAUGCCUUCAGAAUAAAGUCAAUGACGUUCUGGGCAUCUCCCACUAUCACUUUGCAGUAAUUACAUAAAUAGAUAAAACCGAACAUUUAACCUCUGUAUCGAAGGUUAAAUUCAAGCCGUUGUUUUGCCGCUAUUGUUAAAUACAUUUGUCCUUAUUCCACCCUUGCAGCUUGAUGCCGUAGGAUGGCGCCGCGUGUUUUGUUUGUACGUGUCGCAUCUCGAUGGCUUCAAAGAGCACUGAGGUUGCCGUGGCCGCGCGGAUAUCGGGUAUUUCAUGCUGACAGCAGCUUUGCACUAUAACCGCGGAGAAGUAUUUUUGCUGUAUAUGAAUGUACGUGUCCUGCAGAAGCUCCGUGUGUUGCACAAAUUCUCCUUUACCGCCCGUAUUUAUUUAUUUUUUAUUUGGAAUGAAGCUCUUUCCGAAUGGUUCUGCAGCCGAGUGAAAUGCAUCAAACGCCAAAAAGCUUGUUUGUUAUCGAUUGUACAUUUUACUGAUGCGGCGGGGAAAAGAAGCCGAAAGCAUUUACGCUUAGAAUAUCCUCAUGUUAUUGUGCAGCGCUCGGAAGGCGUGAAGACAUUUCUGGCUGCCGCUUCGUCUUCAGGUUCACAAAAAGGUGCGAAUCGUCAUGAAUUCGACAGAGGCUUCGCCGUUUGUUCCACCGACAUCAGCUUUAAGCUUUUAGGCGCUUGGGAUUCUUGCUUUUUAAAUUGCUUUCUUAAUAGUUCAGAAGAGAACGAGCGACUCGGAACAGAAGUUUGAACAAAGGUGAACACUGUAAAAAGCGUAGCGCGUUUGGUGUAUAUCGUAGCCGUUAGCGUUAAGAGUGACGUCUUGUGAGUUAUUUUUGUGCUCCUACAAAGAGCAGGAAUCCACAAUUUCCCAGCGAGAUCUGCUUUAUAUCAAUAGGCAAGAGUUAGAAACGCAGGAUGGAAGAAAAUGAUGAUUACGUUCGCAAUCGCCGUUCGUAGACGUCGGGAACUGUUCGAUAUCUUUAAUUAAAACACAGGGUUUAAGUAUUUGGGAUUCUUCUCGUCGAUAGAUUUGAGCAGUAAGUUCUAGGCGGAGCGGCGCUUUUGGAACGACAGCAACAGGCACAACGUGUUGAAUGUAUUUUAAGGGUUAGAAUAACUAUUGCUGGUUUUAAAGUGCUGCUACCGUUGUUUUCCUACCGUAUUGGAACCAUUUGAUAUAUUUAUUCUGUUCCAUUUCCGGAACUCUUUAUCUCCUCCCAUCUCGCUUCCCUGACUUGUGUUACUGUGAAGGACUCUAAUUCUUUGGUUUUCAUUGCCCUGGAACUUUGUUAUGUAUUGUGUUAAGAGUUUGUUGGGCUUAUGCACAACCUUAUUUUCAGUUGUCAGCUGCUCUUUACUACUUUACAGAUAAGAACAAAAGCUUUGCAGACCUGAGUAGGAAGCAGAUACCAGAUCAAAGUCCACUGCGGAUUUGUUUAAUAGGCGCUUCCAGUUCAAAUACACCUUUUCAAAGGUUGGUCUACAGCAAGUCAUUGGCUUAACCUCUUAAUUAGCCAGCCAAUUUGCUUUUAGCAUUUGAUAAAAUGAGGAGGGCUUGGUUUUUUUGGCUUUUCCCUUUUUGAUGUGACAGGUUUCAUCUCCGUCCCUCUCAGAUACGUGGUAAACUUGUUUCCACCAGCCUGGGAUGGGACCUUUGUGAGGAGAAGUGGGAUCUGCCCCAAGUAGAUCUCCCAAUUUCCUUCAUUUUAACUACUAUUUGAUUUAAGUAGGGGAGAUGCUUCUUCGUGUCACCCACAGCCUAAAUUCAGAAUUCAAAUUCAAUGUCUUUCUAUUCAGACGUUGAGGUGAGUUACAACACGCAGCACACGCUGCCUGGGGCUCCUCCACCCCAAUUCGCACCUGAUUUGUUGCUGUAUCUAGUUGGAGGAUGUUGACAUUUCCAGUGGUAUUCCCCGAUUUACAGGUACUCAGCACUUUGUGUCCCCUCCUUGGCUUCAGGAUUUCAGCUCCUGUUUUAUUAAAGGGAGCGCGUUGUGGGACACUCAGAGAAGCCGCCAGGUGGGACAAUGGUUUCUGUUGUUCGGAGCGGGGUGGAACGCGUGUUCUGCUAGAAAAAGCACUUGGAUAUUCUCUCUCAUUUUAAAACUAUUGUUGUUACCGCUUCAUUUUGUCUUCCCCCCCUUUUUUUGCCACAUUUUCUCCACAAGUAAGAUGUGGGAGGGGACUCUUUGUGUGGUGACACCUGGAUGGUUCGAGUCCAGCUUGAUACCCAGGACAUUUUCCAUCCUCCUCCACCCUUUGUGUGCUCAAGAGAAACUUUAUACGAGGUGAUUGAAGUACCUGAAGUUGCUUCAUUCUCCUCAUCUGGAAUCCUGGCGAGUUCUGGAUCUGUUCUCCUGUUCACCCGGUGGCUGUUCUGUAAAACUCGGGCAUAUUACAAAUACAGAGUGAGAAUUUGCACUUUUCAGAAGUAUUUCUGUGUGUAUUGCUACGUGGAUUUAGCUGAAUGAAGUGUUAGAACUAAUAAAAUAUUCUCUUCGUAGUAGCAA